AUGCCUCUCGCGCCGCGCUGCUUCAUUGUUAACCACGGCGAGACUGAAUGGUCAUUAAGCGGAAAAACACACAGGCUCUACGGACCUACUCUUAACAGAAAACGAGCGCAACGAACGCUCGGACUCCUUGAGAUCGGAUGCAAAGAUCGGCUACCAUGGCUACCUGAGAGGCAAAACACGCCUCUACGUACUGAAGCACAGGUUGAAGUCACCGAAGCUAUCCGUGAAUGGGACUAUGGUGGUUACAAAGGCAUGAAAAGUGAGGAGAUCCGAGAGCAGAGGGCUAGGAGUGGGAAGGGGCCGUGA